AUGGCGGCGGACGUAAGGCAUGAGCAACAGCAAGAGCCCAAGGCCGUAGUCAAGAACUACAAGGGUUUCGUCGCCGGAGUCUUCUCCGGCAUCGCGAAACUCACAGUCGGCCACCCAUUCGACACCAUCAAAGUCCGCCUCCAAACAACAGACUCCUCCCGCUUCAGCGGCCCGCUCCAAUGCGUCGGCCAAACGCUUCGUAAUGAGGGCGUACCCGGGCUCUACAAAGGAGCCACUCCGCCCCUCGUGGGCUGGAUGUUCAUGGACUCGGUCAUGCUAGGUUCCCUCACCGUCUACCGCCGUCUCGUCGCCGAGCGCCUGUUCAAAUUACCCGGCCCGGAAAACUUACCGUCGUACGGCCACGGCAUCGCGGGCAUCAUGGCCGGCAGCACCGUCAGCUUCAUCGCCGCGCCCGUCGAGCACAUCAAGGCGCGGCUGCAGAUCCAGUACGCCGCCAACAAGGCCGAGCGGCUGUACAGCGGGCCCGUCGACUGUCUCAAGAAGAUCUACGCGCAUCACGGCGUCCGCGGCGUCUACCACGGCCUCAGCGCGACGCUGCUCUUCCGCGGUUUCUUCUUCUGCUGGUGGGGCAGCUACGACGUGUUCUCGAGGUGGAUGAGGGACAACACCAAGUUGAGCGCGCCGGCGAUCAAUUUUUGGGCAGGCGGGCUGAGCGCGCAGAUCUUUUGGCUCACGAGUUAUCCCUCGGACGUGGUCAAGCAGCGCAUCAUGACGGAUCCGCUCGGUGGCGGGCUGAAUGACGGCACGCCUAAGUUUAGGAGAUGGAAGGACGCUGCGGCGACGGUGUAUAGAGAGGCUGGGUGGAAGGGAUACUGGCGAGGGUUUUUGCCGUGCUUCUUGCGCGCAUUCCCUGCGAAUGCGAUGGCGCUGGUAGCGUUCGAGGGCGUCAUGCGCUCGCUGCCUUGA